AAUUCUGUCAAGCUACACUGUGAAGCAUUCACACUCUUUACCAGACUCUUAAGACUAGCUGAAACUUGAGACCAGGCUUGUGUCAGGAUGUCCAACAUAGCCCAUGUUCUGGCCAAGAAGAAGGACAAAGAUGAAGGAGUGGGAGGCAAUGACAAUGCUAUUCCUUUCAACAACCAGGAUUUUGAGAAGCUGCGACGUGAGUGCUUGGAGAGUGGCAAACUCUUCUGCGACCCCACGUUCCCUGCUGAAUCCCGCUCUUUAGGAUACAACCAGCUGGGCCGAUAUUCCUCCAAGACCAUGGGAAUGGAGUGGAAAAGGCCAUCGGAGCUUUGCCCAAACCCUCAGUUCAUUUGCGAUGGAGCUACAAGGACUGACAUCCGCCAGGGAGCUCUAGGUGACUGUUGGCUCCUAGCGGCCAUUGCCUCUCUGACUCUGGACACUGACAUUCUGGGGCGGGUGGUUCCUGCGGACCAGAGUUUCACUGAAAAGUAUGCCGGCAUCUUUCACUUCCAGCUUUGGCAUUAUGGUGAGUGGGUGGAUGUUGUCAUUGAUGACCGGCUGCCCACAAGAAACGGGGAGCUGCUGUUUGUUCACUCAGCUGAAGGGAACGAGUUCUGGAGCGCUCUGCUGGAGAAAGCCUACGCUAAGGUGAACAGUUCUUAUGAAGCUCUUUCUGGAGGCUGCACCACUGAGGGCUUUGAGGAUUUUACCGGUGGAAUUUCUGAGACCUAUGAACUACAAAAAGCCCCCCCUACUCUGUUCAACAUCAUCAGGAAAGCACUGGAUCGUGGAUCUUUGCUCGGCUGCUCCAUAGAUAUCACUAGUGCAUAUGAUUCGGAAGCAGUGACCAGACAGAAGCUGGUGAAGGGACAUGCUUACUCUGUCACAGGAGCAGAAGUGGUUCAUGUGUAUGGCACCCCGGUUCAACUGGUGCGGCUGAGAAAUCCAUGGGGUCAAGUGGAAUGGACCGGAGCUUGGAGUGAUGACUCUAGAGAGUGGGACCGAGUGCUGCCAGAGGAGAAGGCCAAACUUGAUCACUCGGCAGAUGAUGGAGAGUUCUGGAUGGCUUAUUCAGAUUUUGUGCAGCAGUACUCCAAGUUGGAGAUAUGUAACUUGACUCCUGAUACGCUGACGAGUGAAGGGAUCGCCCGCUGGAGCUAUCAUCAAUUUGAGGGCACUUGGAAGGUUGGCUCUACUGCUGGUGGCUGCAGAAACAACACAGCAACCUUUUGCUCAAACCCCCAGUACGUGAUAAAGCUGGAUGAGAUGGACGAUGACCCCCACGAUGGAAUAGACGGCUGCUCCUUUUUGGUUGGCCUGAUGCAGAAGGACAUGCGCCAAGAGAGGCAGUUUGGCCGAGACCUCAACACCAUCGGCUUUGCUAUCUACAAGGUUCCUGAUGAGUAUAAAGGUCAAAAUAACAUUCACCUCGGCCCAGACGUCUUGCUGCGUCAGAGAGCCGUGGCCAUGAGUAACACCUUCAUAAACAUGCGUGAGGUGUGCUGCCGUUUCAAACUGCCACCCGGUGAAUACGUCAUUAUUCCCUCAACGUUCGAGCCACACCGCAAGGGCACCUUUAUACUCCGUGUUUUUGCUGAGAAACACGCCACUGCCGGCCCAAUGGAGACGGACAUCAAUGCCAAUAUUAAAGAGGAUAAGAUCUCCGACAAAGAUGUGGACCCACAUUUCCAACACCUCUUUAGGCAGAUUGCUGGAAAUGAUUCUGAAAUUUCAGCAUUAGAGCUGCAGAAGAUUCUGGACAGAGUUGUGUCUCAGCGAACUGACCUGAAGACGGAUGGCUUCAGCAUGGAGACCUGCCGCCAUAUUGUCAGCCUAUUGGAUAGAGAUGGCAGCGGGAAACUCGGGCUGUUGGAGUUUCACACACUCUGGUUGAAGCUACAGAAAUAUAUGGAGAUCUUCAAGAACCAUGACACGGACAACUCGGGCACCAUGAGCUCCCAUGAGUUGAGAGAAGCUCUCAGCGAAGCAGGCUUCCAGCUGAACACGGCCAUCCUGGAGGUGAUAGUCAUGCGCUAUGCUGAUCAGCAAAGCGCCAUCGACUUCGAUGCCUUCGUAGGCUGCGUAAUCCGUAUGGAAUUGCUUUUCCAUAUGUUUAAGAAGUUUGACAAGAACAAUACUGGGAAGAUUGAGCUGGAUAUUAUGCAGUGGCUAUGCCUGGCCCUAAGCUGAAUUCCCACAGACCUGUCUCCUGCGGUGUACUGCGGAGCCGAUAGCACCAAUUUGUUCCACGAUGAUUGUGUUCUUAACCAAAACGGUGAAAAUUGGAGUUUGAGUUUACAUAUUUCGUUAUCGAUCCAGUUGUAUGAUGUGCACUGGUAUUUGUUUAGACAAAUGAAAAUAUGAAAUGCAAUAAUAAAUGCUAACUCGCCCUGUA